GUAUGAAUUUCGAAUGCCGAAGAUUUUACUGCUCCCUUUGAAACCCAGUUGUCGCAAACAUGAGCAUGCUAUUUUAGCGGCAGAAUGACAACAGAAAGAGUGAUAGAUCCCCAUCUAGAAAAUUUGAUCUGGAGUGACAUCGAGUACAAUCUCUGCGAGUUUGUUGAUCGCUUUCCUUUGCCUCAAAUUGUCAAAGUACAAGAAGGUUACUAUGGCCCAACUGAGGAUUCAUGCAUUGGAGCCGAACAGAUCCUUACGCUGCACUGCGUGAAAACUACAGAGAAAGUUUUAGCUCGAGACAGAAAGAAACGAGAGCUUCAUAUUCCUUUGAACUGUUCGCAGAAGGUUGAGCUUCGUCCCGCCGAGUUCAGAGGAAUUUACGAAACCGUGGAAGAAAUUAGUAGAAUUCCAGCGAGAUUUGUAAGAGUGACCCAAGGGUAUUACCUCGAAGAAGAAGCAGUGAGCCUGAAUCCCGGAGAUAAACUGGAAGUAAUCCGCGUGGAGCAAGGUCUUGGAGGGAAAGACGACGGUGUUGUCUUCCUUACUGAAGAGCGCAACCCUAUCCGCUUGCCUUUUAGUGUCAGUGCAGGAUUCCAGUCCCUGCUUGAUGGACGGGAAUAUUAUCUGAAGGAGCUGAUGAUGUCUUCUUUUAAGCUGCCAGUCUACUUUCAGUUCACUGAGCCACCGUCUAUCACUCGAAGAUCAAGUGAGGGUGUGUUUAAUACUUCACUCGGGGUGCUGUCAUUUGAAAAAGUGUACCAAGAUUCUACUGUCAUAUGCACUACAAAAGAAGGUAGCGUUAGAACAGUAGUCAGCUGCCCCAAAAAUCUUCCAGUCACUAUUAAUGUGGCUCGUGGGGCAUUGUCAGAUGACAAGGAUUAUGUCCGCAUUUGUCGCUUGUUUCAUGAUGGGGUCAGUCUUUUGAAGAUUGAGAACAUGGAGAUCCAGAACAUUUAUGCAUCAAGGAAUACCAUUAGAGAGUAUGAGUACAUUGUAGAUGAUUUGUCACCACCACCACCUGUUCCUCCUCGUGAAAGUGCAGAGGAUUCUUCUUUGUCCAGUUGUCAGGUUCCUGAAGCAAGUAAUUCAGACUCUGGUGACGACAGCCAUGAUUACACGUACAUUGAUGAACCUGUCACAGACAAGUCCACCCCUUUCCAAAAGCCAAAGCCAAAUGGUGUCAUACAUGUAGUAUCUGGUGGUAAGGAUUCAGCAGAAAUGGUCAAUCUUGAUAAAAAUUUGGAUGAAGCGGCUAUUAAUCAUGAUGAUGAAGAUGAUGAUUAUGAAAAUGUAGAUGAAAAUUAUCCUGCUCCUGUCGUGAAAGGUGGUGAACCAACUACAAAAAAUGAGCCUGUCAAACCUCCACGUAAAUCAAAAGAGGCAGCAAAACAGAACCCUGAUGAGAAUAAACCAGAGGUGAAAAAAGUCCCACCAGCUAUCAAACCAAAGCCACCAUCCAUAAAGGCCAAGCCAAUGUGGAAGCAGAAUGAGAAAGAGAAACCAUUUGUUGUACCAGAUGAUCUCUCCCGAAUGUCCAUAAAAGAAGUGUCCCAAUUUUUGAGACACUUUGGCUUUGAAAGUUUCCUGAAAGUAUUUGCAGAAAAUGAUGUGGAUGGUGACCUUCUUGUUAAUCUGACUGACGAGGAGCUCAAGGCACUUGGGCUAAAUGCUUUUCAGUGCAAGAAAAUAUCAAGACUUGUUGAUGGAUGGAGACCUAAAAAGUAAUUCUGAAAGUAAGAUACAUAACAUACAUUUUCUAUUAUAGCAUAAAUCAUGUAAAGCACAGGCUCUGUUGGUCAAUGCAGUGUCUACUACACAUGGGUGUAUGCUGUAGACGUGAGCAAAAGUUUGUAAGUGAGCAAAAUGUUUUUUUUGUUAUAAAACAAAUGGUAAACACCCCAGCUUACACUGUUGGGUUAUGGAUGCACUUGUGAGCUUUGCUAAGCACUCAGGAAGUUAGAGUCACUCUCAGUCAUGGCCUUGAGCAACUCUUACACUUCUUUCAUGCUUGGCAACCUCCCAUGUACAUCCACAACUCUAUUGUGUAUGCUGUGCUGUUUACUAUAUUUUAAAUUUUAGACACAAGUAGUGGAUCAUAGUUUUAAAUCCUGUUUAACUUUGUUUAUUAAAAAAGUUUGCUUUGUUCAAUAUCUUCUUAACCCCCGUGGUACCCCAGGUCGGAUUGUUAAUUCUCCCCUUAAGCUGCCACACAUUUCCUUUUGAAUAAGUAAGGAGAAUUUGGUAUUAGAUCAAGAUAACAACUUAUACCAGUUACGUUUGAGUAAUCCCAUCACUUGUUUGUUGGAUAAUCUAUGGAUUUUAAAGGGAGAAGUUACCCAUUUAUCACCCUUGGGAUUUAAGGGGCUAAUAUGGUUUUCACAAUUUUGAAAUCUGGUUUGAAUAAUUCUUGAUUAAAUACUUCCACAAGAUAUAAAAGUAGUGUCAGUAUCAUCUACACAUGGAAAUGUGUGAACCCUGCACACCAUAACAUCUGUAAGCAUAAUUAUUCUUCAAUUUUUUCAUGUAGAUUUCCUGGUACUGACAAGGAAUCUGUUGAACAAUUUAUAGUUUCGGUUGGUGACUAUUUCUUUUAUUCUCAUGUCCUUGACGUUUGAUUUAGCAGUGAUACUGCAAGGAGAAACUAAUGUACGUCAUGUCUAGGGGUUAAAGAGUUACAAAAUUCAGUGUUGAAACCUAUAAACAUGUAGUACUGGUCAACAAGUAAGUUCUCUUUUCUAAUUCAAGGAUAUGCUCUAAGGAAAAUUGAAUGGAGCCCAGCACUCUGAAGCUGUGAAAUCCAGGGUGCCCAGCAUAUGUUUUUCAUGAA